AUUUAUUUAUUUAUUUAUUUAUUUCUUAGUUAUUUCUUUUCUUCAAUCAUUUAGCAACAACGUCAUCAUCGUCAAUCCAUACAUCGAUCGACCGACAGUUCCUACCCCCCCUUUCUUUCUUCCUUCCUUCCUUCCAAACAUCACCUAACCAAGGAUUGGAUUGGAUUGAUUUUCAUCACCAUCAUAAUUUGUUUCACCCACCUUUUUUUUUCUUUCUUUCUUUUGACAGAUCUUGGUUGACACUUAUCUGAGCCCUUGCUUUACCAUUCAUCAUUGCUUUCCCAUACCAUUGAACCAUUCCUAUCUAUCAAUCGCAUUACUUUGCCAAUUACCAAUCCCCUUCCUCCCAUCCCCAUAUAACAUAUCAACAACAACAAUAACAUCAUCAUCAUCAUCAUCAUGCCUUUCUUAACUAUGCCCAGACCCAAACAAAAGUUUGUCGUAUAUAGCGCAGUCAUAGUAUGGUUGGUAGUCAUAAAUGUUUGGAUCUAUCGAUAUUAUAUGAAUCAAGAUUCAGAAAUGUAUAAAACCAUCAUAAGUAAUGAAGAUUCAUUCUAUCCUAUCCAUCAUAAACCUGAAUCUACUGAUAAAGAUAAUAAAGAUAAUAAAGAUAAUCAAAAAUCCUCAACUCCUAAUAAGAAAUUACAUGAAAAUAUAUCAUUUCAAAUUUAUCUUAAACAAAUGGGGGUAUCUGAUAUAAGAGAUAUAACUCCAAUUCAUUCCACCAUUUAUGAUCAAAUCUUUGAAAAUCAUGAUGUUAAUUCUGUUUUAGGUAAUCUUGAUUUUAAUCAAAGAUGUCAACUAUAUUUUAAUAAUUUAUAUUAUACUGAUCAUAAUUGGAUGAUUGAUCCCAAUAAACAUUUACCUGCCGAUAGUUUAAGAGAAUUCACUUUCCAACGUUGGAGACAAUCAAAAUUUAAUAGUUUAAGAGAUGAUUAUAUUAAAGACAAUGAUAUUAAACUUGAAAAAGUUGAAGAUUUUAAUGAAGAUGAAAAAUUUGAAAAUGUGGUAAGAGCUAAAUAUAAAGAAUUUUGGGAUCAAACUUUAAGAGUUGAACAAGAAGUUAUGGAUUAUUUAACUCAUUUAAGAAUAUUCAAUAAAUGUUUUAUUCAAAAUGAUGAUACAAAUUCUCAAUCUUAUUAUCCAUCAUCAUCAGAUUCAAAAUUUUCAACCUUUGUUAAUGAACAAGCUAAAUUCUUAAAAUCAUUCAUUUCAAUUGAAACUAAACAAAAAAUACCAAAAUUUGAACCAACAAGAUUUGAAAAAAAUUUAGAAACUUUAAAUAUGUUUGAAAAUUGUAAUAAUUUAGAAAAAAGAUCUUAUCCAUGGUUAUCAUUUAAUUAUCCUGUUUAUGAAAAAUGGGAUGGACUGACAUUUAUUGAACCUCCAAAAUUAACUCCACCUUCAUUUGGUUCAAGUAUUUUUGAUUUUAAAAUCGGUUCUUCAAAACAAUAUAAUUGUUUCUUAAAUGAUUUCAAAAAGAAAGCAAAUGGUAGAGGUAUUGUUCUUUCUAUAAAUGAUGGUCAUGUGGAUGAUACUAUUCAUUUAAUUCAUUCUUUACGGGCUUUGAAUAAUGAAUUACCUAUUCAAAUUGUUUUCUAUGAUAGUUUAUCCCCAGAAUCAAAACAAAGAGUGGUUAAUGCUGCAAGAGAAGAUUUCUUUACUUUACCUGAUUCAUUUUUAAAAGUAAAACAUAAUUUCCCCGAUGAUUACCUUAUUGAUGGAUUACCUAAACAAGAUAUUUGGUUUGUUAAUGUUUAUUCCAUCUUAAAUGAUCAAUAUCGUAAGAAAUUCUCCAAAUUUGGUAAUAAAUUCUUAGCUACAUUAUUUAAUUCAUUUGAAGAAUUCAUUCUUGUUGAUGCUGAUACCGUUCUUCUUCAAAAUCCAAAAUCAUUCUUCGAACUUAAAGGUUAUAAAGACACCGGAGCAUACUUUUUCAAAGAUCGUUCAACUCAAGAAACAAGACCUGAUUCAGAUUCUUAUUUUGUUAAAAAGGUAAGUCCCUCAGUCAUAGAUCAUGCUUUAUUUGAUAUUAAGAUGAUCACAAAAAAGACCACCUCAUUUGCCUUUUUUGAAGGAUUGAAUCAUUUUAUGGAAUCAGGGGUAGUAAUGCUUGAUCGUACAAGACAUUAUACUUCAAUGCUUUUGUUACCUGAAUUACACUUCAUGGAUCCUGUAAGAAGUAGAUCAUGGGGUGAUAAAGAAUUGUUUUGGAUGGCAUUUGUAUUUAAUGGUGAUGAAAAUUUUGCGUUUAAUUCACUUUUUGCUGCUUCGGCUGGGAUUGUAUCGGAACCUCGUAAGAAGAAAGAUGGUACUUUUGAAAGAUCAAGAGAAUUAUGUAGUGCUCAUCCUGCUCAUAUUAAUGGUGAAGAUGAAAAAACACUUUUAUGGAUAAAUUCUGGUUUUAAAUAUUGUGGUCAAGCAGAGCGUGUUAAUUAUAAAGAAGAAGUAGAGAAAAAGGAAAGAAGAUACGCUGCAUUCAAUACCGAAACUGAAUUAAGAAGAUAUUAUUCAAAUCCAUUAGAAAUAACACAUGCUGUUGUUCCACCCUUCAAAUCUAGAGCUGAAUUACAUUGUCCUAACGAAGACAAUGAGCCGGGUUCAGGUUGGGAUAAAACUAAUCUUUGUAAAGGUUAUGUUUGGUGUGCCCAUAGUUCUAUCGGAGGUAGAACUAGAAGAGGACAAGAUAAUACUCAACUAGGUCAUUUGAUAGAAUUUACGGAAGAACAAACUGAUAUGUUUAAAUUCUAUGGUGAUGUUUGGGUUGGACUUGAAUAAUUUAGUUUAUUUCUUAAUUUUUUGCAUUCAUUUUUAUUUUCAUUUCAUUUACUCUCGUUAACUUUAU